AUGGUUCUACAUAAGCAUGGAGAAAGAUUAUACUCUGGGCUCAAGCAGGUUGUUACAGAUCAUCUCAUAGAAAAGGUGUGGUAUCUUCCUUCUGCGGUUAAUGUUCUUCUUGCCAGCUGAGAUUGUGAAAAAGGCAUGAAAUGAAUUUUUCUCUGAAUGGAGCCUUUUGUCUUGUAAGUGCUGUUGCUUUGUCGUGUGGCAGACAAAUGGGAUUCAGUUUGUGACAAUGUGUUUAUUUGGGUGUUUUUCUCUUCGGUCAUGUUUUCUCCUUUUUGCUUUACUCUUGUAAGAUUCGCAAAGAUGUCGUGGCUUCACUCAAUAACAAUUUCUUGGAUACAUUGAAUGCUGCUUGGAAUGAUCACCAGACAUCUAUGGUGAUGAUCAGAGAUAUUCUUAUGUACAUGGUAGGUCAUUGCUCUUAAGAAAAUACUUCAUAAAGGUCGUUGCAAUUGUUCACUCUGCAGUGUUAGAGAAACUUUAUUCUAAAGGGUUUUGUUAAUCCUUUGUCUAACGAUAGUCACUUAGUUAUUGAUCAUGAUGUUUCAACCGUGUAGUGCAGGUCUUCAUUAGGCGAUUGUCUUCAUUUAUUGAGUGAGACUAUUAGUACUGCCAUGAUAUUUUACUCUUGCCUCUAAUAAUACCAGCAAUGCUGCGGAUUAAAUCCACCAACCACGAGUGAGGUUCGUGAUACACCACUCACUAACAACCACCUAAGGGACUAUAGUGAGACAAAGGAUGAACAAAAUCCUUGACCAGGCUCUACCAUGUUAAAGUACUCCAGCAACGCUUGGCAUGGUGGCCACUGGCAACUUACUCUUGUCCUUGGGUAACUAGGAUAUCUUAGUUUUUGCAUUCAUCUCAUGCUGUGCACCCUAGAUUUCAUGGGUUCAGAACAGUGGGCUUCAUGAAAUUUGUCUUAGAGUACUGCCUUUGUAAUGCUCAAGUGCUCUAGUUUGAAUGGUGACACUAUAGGAUUUACAUUAAUGUAUCUGCAAAAUCGCAAGUUAGAAAAAUGUUUCUGGUCUUCUAAAAUAGCUUUGACAGUAAGAGGAGUAAGAGCUGAUCUCCCCACUUACAGUAUUGUCUCUCUCUUUUUUUCAGGAUAGAGUGUAUGUUCAACAAAAUGGUGUUGAUAAUGUUUACAACUUAGGCUUAAUCCUCUUCAGGGACCUGGUUGGUUUCUUGUUGAUCUAA